AUGGUUGGCUUCAAACCUCUUGUUUGGGGUCUACUGGCCUGUCAGCCUCUGGCUCAGGCGUACCUGAACGCAGAAGACGCUGCUUCUGCGUCAGAGCUCUCUCGUCUGGUUUCGCAAGCCUACAACCAGUCGAUCGACAGUCUUUCCAGCAGUAAUGGCAGCUGCACCUUGGAGACCGUUCACGUCCGUCGCAACUGGGAUGUCUUCUCGACAGCCGAAAAGAAGGAGUACAUCGACGCUGUGCUAUGUCUGCAGAGUACCUCACCCAAGACGCCUGCCAGUGUUGCCCCGGGGGUCAAGACACGAUAUGAUGACUUUGUCGCGACGCAUAUCAACCAGACACUGGAGAUCCACUACACGGGGACCUUUUUGAUCUGGCACCGCACUUUUGUCUGGGUCUUCGACCAGGCUCUUCGUGAAGAAUGUGGCUACAGCGGCGCUUUCCCGUACUGGGACUGGCCAUCGACCACCGAAAACCUCGAAAAGUCCUCGGUCUUCGACGGAAGUGAUACUUCCUUGUCCGGCAACGGCUGGCACAUCCCACAUGAAGGCGAGAUCGUGCUCUCCCUGGGCGACUACGCACCCGUCAUCCUGCCGCCUGGUAACGGCGGAGGGUGUGUUGUGUCGGGCCCCUUCGUCAACUACACAAUCAACCUGGGACCGGCCGCAUUGGCCCUGCCUGGGAACCGGACUCUGGCUGUCGCCAACCCCCUUGACUACAACCCACGCUGCUUCCGCCGUGACUUGACCACGGAGAUCAUCCGCUCGCUGGCUAACUAUACUGCUGUGGUCGACCUUAUCACCCAGAACGAUGAUAUCUGGGACUUUGAAAUGGUCAUGCAAGGUGUUCCUGGUUCCGGGGUCAUUGGCGUGCACGGUGGUGGCCAUUAUUCAAUGGGUGGUGACCCCGGCCGCGACCUCUACGUCUCCCCUGGGGACCCGGCCUUUUGGCACCACCACCGCAUGAUUGACAGGGUAUACUGGAUCUGGCAGAACCUUGAUCCUGCCACCCGUAUUACCGCCAUCUCCGGCACAGGCACCUUCCUCAAUGACCCGGUUUCCGCCAACACCACCCUCGACACAGAGAUCAACUACGGCUACGCCGUUCCCGGUCAGUUUGUUAUGCGGGAUCUGAUGAGCACCAUAGAGGGAAAGUUCUGUUAUAUUUAUGAGUAG